UUUCAGGUGAAAUACUCAACAUACAUUUUCAGAAUCGUACGCUGUUAUUCGCCAUUUAUAAUUUAUUCAUCAAGAAUGUCAAUGAUGGAAUAACCAUUUCACGCCGUCUGUCUGCUUUGCUGCCCCUUCUUCGGAUUUCUUCUUACUUCUGACAAACCAAAGUAACAUACGAUAAAUCGUAUAACCGAAACCGGAACUAUCUCAAAAAUUGCCGUAAUUAAAAGACAAUAUAUAUACAUAAACACAGAAUAUAGAUAUAAAUAUAUCCGUACCUAUAUCGAGCUAUAAAAGACAAAAAUGUUGAUACCAAAGAAAUACUGGAUUGCUCUGUUAGUGUGUUUCUGUUUGGUGGUGCUGGCCUUAUGUGAAAGAACACCAAGAGCAAGAAAGAAAGCACCCAGAGCACCCCAGUGGAAAAAGCGAUCCCCACCAAAGAAAGGAGAUUCGCUCGUGACAGUGGCGGCAAAGAAGACCUUGAAACUGGAUUGUUCGGCUCACGGGAUACCAAAACCAAACAUCACUUGGACAAGGGAAGGAGUCGAUAUCAAACGUAUACCAAAUUUGAAGGUGAAGUUUCAGAAAUACACGUUAGCAGUGCAAAACGUAAGAAUGAAAGACUCGGGCAACUACACGUGCCGUGUGUUCAAUAACCUCGGCACUUUAUCGUUCACAUUCGAUGUCGUUGUUAGGCUGUAA